UCCGCGUGUCAACAUCUAGCCUUUCUGCUUGAUAUGAGAAGAGGAUAAACCUCUCUCCACUCUGUCUGUCUCUCUCCCUCUCUCUGGGAUUCCGGUAAUCUAGGGUGUUUGAGCAAGGCUGACAAUGGCGUCCACCAUCGGCUUCUCUUCUUCCAUCUUCCGCUACUCACAUUCACUCUCAUUUUCCUCGACUCUCCAUUACUCGGCAGGAAAGCGCAAUUCUCGUCGGUCAAUCUUGGCAUUCUUCGGCGAUAAUGCUGCAGAGAAGUCCCGGGGGACGGCCCGCCUGGCGAUGCAAUGGGGGAUCAAUACAACUCUGCGGAACCUAAUGAAGCGCGAGCGCCGUGGAUGCAAAAAUUGCAGGAACGGAGCGCCAGCACGCGGAGCAGACGAAGCCGACGAAGAAGAAUUGGAGGUAUUGCAAUGGCGUCUGCAACCUUCUCUACCUUAUUCGUGCUUUAGCCAUCGACGGCUUUUUCUGCUGAGUGGUUCUAUUCUGGCGACAUCUGGGCUGACAGCGUUAGGAGUUUUGGCAGAGGAGCAGGAGUCAAAUGAUGGUGACAAUAAUGGCAUUUUUGAGACCAUCACAUCAUUCCUUGAUCCAAAUGAGACGACUAAAUCGGGGAAAAUUUUACCAAAGAGUUAUCUGAAGAGUGCACGGGAAGUUGUGAAAACCCUUCGGGAGUCACUGAAGGAAGAGUCAACAGACAUGGCCAAGUUCAGAAAAUCUGCAGAUGCUGCAAAAGAAUCAAUUCGUGAGUACUUGGGUGGAUGGCAAGGAAAGGAAUCAGUUGCUAAGGAGGAAUCAUAUGUAGCUCUCGAGAAAGCAAUUAGAUCCCUCGCCACUUUUUACUCUAAAGCAGGCCCAUUUGCUACACUACCUGAAGAGAUAAAGCACCAGAUACUUGAUGAGCUGAACAAGGCAGAAGCAUUUCUAUAGCACGUCAUCAAGGGUGCCAAUAUGAUUCUGCAUGGCACUCACACCACUGGAAUUCUGCAUUCCAAUCCUCAUUGAUGCACAGUUCAUCAUAAGAUGGCGAGACAACAUUUGCAGUAUCUUCUAGAACUGAACUUGGGCUGGUGUUUACUGUGCCAUUUACGAGGAAUGUCAUCAAUCUCCAGAAAAAAUAUGAAAAACGUGGAUUUUCAUAUUCAUUUUUCAAUCCUCAUAAUUUGAAAAGAGAGUAUCGAGCCAUUUCUGCUGUAUCUGUAAUGAUCCGACAAUUUACCUA